GACUUGUUCUUAAAAGCAUGCUGGGCUGUCUUUGCAAGCCCUAUCUCCUCCUACUUUUCCAGGAUGCCAGAAGGAGAAGAUGGUUGAGGAGACCUAUCGUUACCCUGUGCUUAGCCACUAUUACAGCAAGCAUCAUACCCCAUUGGCUAGGCAACGAUGACAACCAGUUUGAGAUCAGCAUGGCCAACAGUGGAUGUGAGGUGCAUCGCUUUGAUCCCAGCAUCAAGUCAGCACACAUCCAGGAGGGUCGGCACCUCUGGUAUCAUCGCCUGUCCAUUGACUGGAGGGAUCCCAAUCCAGCCAUUGCUGCUCAUAAACUUCACAGCAACACGAAGAAGCUGGGCACAAUAUUGAAUGAAUUUGGACAUCAGAAGAUUGAUGUCCUCAAGGCAGAUGUGGAGAGCGCCGAGUGGAAAAUUUUGGAGAACCUCAUCCUGGAAGAUGUUGUUGAGCAGAUAGGACAGCUGGUGUUUGAGGUGCACAUCCACUGGCCUGGGUUUGAAGUCAGCGGCAAUGACAGCACUGUGGUGCGGUACUGGUACAGUCUGCUCCGAGAACUGGAGCUGAAGGACUUCAGGCUUUUCCAUACCCACAAAGACUUAUCAAAACCACAGAUGUUUCUGAAAAAGGAAGCCUUCAAUGCCAGUAGCUGUUACACACUGAGCUGGGUAAAUACAAGAUGGAAAUAGCAGAAAGGAAUUUAUGAUGUGUGACUGUGAGCCAUCUGGCCCUGUAGCGUUAUUGAAGAGGACUUUAGCGUCACUGGCUAAAGUUGCUAAAUAUGCACACAGUGACUGCUAACAAAAUGGACUGGCUUUUAUUUUUAUAUGUUGUCAAAAGAACUGGCACUAGAACAAGAUACACAGUGCAGAUUUGUACAGCAGUAUAUUUGACAGCAGGUACCCUGUCUCAGAGGACAGAGGUUUCUGUAAAUGUUUGUCGGGGGGGCUAACAGCGUGAUUUACCCAGGCUGACCUGUGCCUGAGUGUGCUGGCACAGAGGGCUUCCCUCUGGGGCUGCUCUGGGAAACUCUGCUCCCUGAGCUGCAUCAGCUCUCAGGCAGGAGAGUGCUCAUGAGGAGGUGUCUUCCCCGGGAAGGGUCAAGUGUUACUACUUUGUAAAGCGAUCAUCUUUGAUUCGCAACUUCUUUACUGUGGCCUUGUUUCCUAUGGAACACAUUUUAGGCAAGAACCCACUGGCAAAUUUCAGCUGAAUUUGGCAGAGGCAGAAAUCACCCCCAGACUAAAUUUCUACCUGUUUUGUUGAGCAGCUUCUGAGUGCUCUGACUUUAGCUCUUUAAGGCAGUCUGGCUAUGGGAAGCAAAUUCAGCACUUCUGGCACAGGAGAUGGUGGGACAGAGAGACUCAGCUGAUGGAAAAGCUGCCACCAGCACUCUCCCUCCUCACCUUCCGGAGGCUUCAGCCAGAAAAGAUGGCUUCCCCAGUUAAUUUUCUCAGAGAAUGUCUUGUUUUAAAUUACUCUUGCAAUGCCUGUAGCAAAUGGCUGUUCAUCUAGAGAGAUACUUAUUUAAAAGAGCUGAAAGUAAAACCUGGUCUUUUAAAUCUGUUUGUUUUGGGGUCUAGUUGAACCUUUUGCUGUGCGCUGCACCUGGGUGCCUGCUGCCUCCUCAGCACAUCCCCGGCCUGGCCACCUCUUGCUGACACGAGGAGGCCGGGCCCUGGGCCUGCGCUGAUGCUGGCAGAGGUGGUGGGGCAGGCAGGUGCCGGGGGCUGUGGCCAUGCUGGGGCCCGUGCUGGGUGAAUCUCAGGAGCCAGCCUUGGCCAUGCCCUGGGGAGCUAGGGAAUGGGGGGAGCUAAAAAAUAUAUAGCAGAUUGGGUUUUUUCUUCUUUUUAAAAUAAUUUUGACAUUAAACUUUGCAUUAAAAUACAAGGUGACACCACUUCGAUGUCUUUGAUAUACGACCUUGGUAACUGCCUUUGGUUUUGGACUUCUGCAGGGCUCAAUGUUCCUCCCCUUGGCAUGCCUCAGCCCAGCAUUGUGUUUUUAACAAGUCUCUUUCUCUGUCCUCAUGUUGUUCCUUCUCUUGUAAUCCUGGCAUUUUCUUUCAUACCCUCCUUUCCUUUUUCACCUUCUGCCUAAGCUCUGUCAUCCCCUUCUUCCCAGAGCAGGGCCCUGCGCUGGACCCAAUAUGCCCACAGGAUCUCAGCAAACAGCCAGAGGUGGGGAAAAUUAAGUGUAGGAGCUCUUCCUUCCCACAGGUGAGUCACCUUUCUCCCAGAGCCAUUGCUUUGCUUCACCAGUGGAUCAAACCGUUCCCCUCACCUUUCCCAGGCUUUUCACCAAGCCAGGCAUCUGCUUUCCUCCUCUCUCACCUCUCUGAGGGCUCCAACUGCCCCAGCGUGGGCAGAGACUGCUCUCCCCAGCAGAAACUGCUUCAGCCCUUCAGCUCAGCUGAGAAGAGGCCAGCGGACAGGUGACCCUGCUAGGGUGACAGCCUUCCUCCCACUGCCCUUGCUCUGGGACUGUGGGGAGCAGCCUGUCCUGGCCCCAGCACUUGCCUCCCACCUGGUCCUGCAGAGCCCAUCGUGAGGCUUGAAACUGCUGCAGCGAGUCUGACUUGGAGCAUCUGUGCUUGCCACAGAGAUCACAGACCUCGGGCUGCUUUGGAAGAUGCAGAAAAAACCCUCCUUACUUCAGUGGGGAAGGACUUCGGUGGUGAGGGGCUAGUGGAAAUGGAGGAGUCUCUUCAUCUGAAAGCCAGCUCGGUGCCCUUGUGUGCUCAGGUUUGUAUCAGUCUUCCUAAUCACAUUUGAAAUUUUAACUCGUGGCUAAAUGUCAAACCCUUUCUUUUAUAACAAAUGUGUGCUGGUUUUCAAUCUACUACCUUUCAGUCAUGCUGACAGGCAGUGCCCUGUAUGGAGUCGCUAAUUUACUGCCUCCCCGUUUUUAUUUUCAUUUUAAAAAGAAAUCCAUCUAAUUCUUCAGUUACACUAGGAUUUGCUUAAGUGGAGUUUAAUUCUAAGGGGACUUAAUAUUAUUGUCUUCUGAACACCAAAUGUGUCAUUUACGGAAGAUGGAGAACAGUGCAGCUAGACCGGGACUACUGACCAGGUGAUGAUCCCAGCUAUGCCUGUGCUUGUAAAUUCAGCAGUGGCAGGCAGCGUGCGCAGGGAUGGAUAUCUGUCUUAUCUGUCUGGUUAAUUAAUGAGAUCCCUGGCAUGAUUUUGGCUUAGGCCAUCUAGGUCUCUCCCAGAUGAUUCCAUGGCACAGCCAUGCAGUUAGCCUAAGCCAAGGACAGCUUGAAUGCAGCCACCUUGUUUGGAAAGCUGAGAGUUCAGUAAAUAUUCACAGCCAGGGCAUCUUUGCUAGUUCAUCUCAAGGCUGGGGAAUACCUCUUGGUACCGUUUUGUUUUCUGGUAUAAUUUAACAAAGGCAAGUGCCAGGUUCUUCAUCUGAGACAGGGUAAUCCUGGUUAUGUGUACAAACUGGGGGAGUAGAGGCAGGAGAGCAGUCCCGUGGAAAGAGAUCUGAGGGUUUGGGUUGAUGGCAAGUUGAAUAUGAGUCAGCAGUGCCCUGGCAGCCGAAAGGGCCAACUGUGUCCUGAGGUGCAUCAAACAGCACAGCUAUCCAGUCGAGGGAGCUGAUUGUCCCACUCUGCACUGCACUGUUGCAGCACCACCUCGAGUACUGUGUGCAGUUUUGGGCACCUGUGUAUAAGAAGGACAUCAAACUAUUCGAGCGUGUCCAGAGGAGAGUGACCAGGAGCGUGCAAGGCCUCCAGGGCAAGAGUUAUGAGGAGCGGCUGAGGUCACUUGGCUUGUUCAGUUUGGAGAAGAGAAGGCUGAGGGGUGACCUCAUCGCAGUCUACAGCUUCCUCAAGGGGGGCAGCAGAGGCGAAGAUGCUGAUCUCUAAUGAGCAGUGACAGAACAUGAGGAAGGGGAAUGAUGCUACAUCAAGGGAAGUUCUAUUAGAAGGGUGGUCAGUCACUGGAACAGGCUCCUCAGGGAAUUGGUCACGACACCAAGCCUGUCAGAGUUCAAGGAGCAUUGAGAUGAUGCUCUUAGUCACAUGGUUUAGUGUUAGGUAGUCCUGCGAGGAGCAGGGACUUGGACUCGAUUCUUAUUGGGUGCCUUCCAACUUGAGAUAUUCUGUGAUUUUAUGAUUCUAUAAAUGUAACUUCUGUUUCUGCUCCUGCACAUCCCACCUGGCCCAGGGAGCAAGGGGCUCUGCAGUCACACAGAGCAGGAUGCUGUGGAGACCCACCAUGUUCUCAGCUCUGCAGUGCUCAAAAUCAAAAUGACCUGUUGCAGAUGUGUUUGAUUCCCUGUGCCCAAGACGUUGGGCAAAGCACUUUCUUCAGGGCCAAGCUACAUAUUGCCAUAUCUGAGCCAGGUAAUACAGAACCCAAGAGAUCACAACCUCUGAAAAUGAGUAGGAAAUGAUUUCUCUGUGACAGCCAUGCUUGCUGCAACCCUUGUACAUUAAAUACUGAGGUUGUUCCGCAGUGCAGGGUCAUGAGAAGAUUCAUUAAAAUGUGAAAGGGUACCAGGAUCUCCUAAAGGAGUAUCUGACUUGUUGGAAUGAUCACACUUGCUGCACCACAGAGUGGCUUAGCUCCCAAUUUUUGAAUAAUGGGGUGGCAAAAGCCUAGCUGUGAGUUCUAAUUUCUUAAUAAAGCAUAAAAAUAUGGGCUCUAGCACUCCUCAGGUUUUUCCUUCUGAAUUGUCUUAGAGUAAGUAGCCUAGUAGCUUAUUAUUUAUUUAAGAAACUGAUAGAGGUUAAAAAACAAAUUACAUGAUCUCUCUCAGAUGUUAGAAUUCCAAAGGUACACACAUCUUCCAUCAUUUAUUGCCCUGAAGUAAAAGUAGUGAUGUAUAUGUAAAUUAUAGAGAUGGUAUAUGUAAAUUAUAGAAAUGGAGUAGAGGUCCACCCUAGUUCUUCUUUGGUUAAUCUCUUGCUCAGGAUUGCCAGGUAGUGUCAGUAACAAUUCAGGCUGUGGCAAAUACAUCUUCUGCAAGAAAAGAUUCCAUAACUAUGGUAAUUUUUAAGGAAACCUUAUCUCAGAUACAGGAUAGGUAAAAGCCAUUUAUCAUUCUGGACGCAGUUAUGUGAUAUUACAGGAGAAAAUGAACAGCUCUUAUUUUAUGCACUAUCUGUGCCUUUCUACUUCACAUCUCUUAAAGCAGAGUUACAGCCUUCCUUUCUGAGGUCUUGCUUUUGUGCCCUUACCAUUCUCUUUUACUGAUCUCUUCUACCUAAACGAGACACUCUUAAAUACACUCUGUUCCCAUCUCCUAAUGACUGAGCUGCCAGGUAUGUGCACAGGGGCACAAGCCAGCUCUGGCUGACUCUGCCCCAGCGGACAGGCUGGCGCUGAGGGACGCUAUGUGGGGUAAGUCCGUGUCCACCUGCUGCCAUACCUGGGCACGAUGGGCCCCUACCUGCUGCAGGGUCCCAGCUGUUCACCCUGCUCAGGCAGUAUCUCCAGCCCGCUAGGGACUGCUGAGACAGAAAGGUAGGGAUCCAGGACUGCUGGCAGCCACGGGCUCAUGCUGUUUCAGCCAGAGCUGAAGAUCCACCAGCCAAUGCCCCACCUAGCUUUACUGCUACAUGCUGGCUCUCAACUGUACCAGCUACCUCAGGGAUAUCUUCACAUGUUUGGCACCCAUAUUUGAGCCUGCCUUACUGCUGUAGGAUGGCUCCCUGCAGGGAGCAUUGCACUGCUCAGGAGCAGCUCUAGAGCAGAGCGGGCUGUUGGGAGAGACCGUGAAACAGGUGAGGAACUUGCUGAGAUGGUCUCCCUGCAGGGAGCCCUGCAGUAACUGCAUGCUAGUAUUGUACUCCACAUCUCUACAGAUCAGACCUGCACAGAAACUGCUGUAGCUGCCCCCUUCUUUGAGGGCUAAGUACAGAGUGCACCAUUAAAACCAGUGUGGGCAGGGCAUUCUUCCAUUACAGCUGCAGCCUGGAGACUGGUAACUGCGUGGCUAUGCCCAGGCAGGAAGAAAGGGCCACUGGUCUGUCCUGGCAUUGCUAAAAUAUGCCUAAGUGCCUGGUCUGGGCAGCAUCCAGCAUCUCUUGCAGAGAAUGCAGUAAAGCCUAUUUCUCCCUCUGACUGAUCUGAGAGACAGAGGUGACUCUUCAGAAACAUGCUGUGGGGCCCUGCCCUUGGCAGCAGCAAAAGAAGAAAGUCAGACUCAGUCUUCAUACUCUUCCUGCCAGGAGCAGCACAGGAAGGUGCCUGGAUCAAAUUGGGGCAGGGCAGGAGCACAGGAGCCAAAUCAUCCCGUCAUCAGAUGCCAACUAGCAAAUGUGUGUCUCUGGACUGACCUUCCAGUGAUACGCUCAGCAGCGUUUGCACAGGAGUUCAUUGCAGAGGAGCGAUGUGAUGCACCUGCUUUCUUAAGCUGUAUAUCCAUACUAUGCCAUCUACCAGGUGCUCCUGGCACUUUCAGCUGCCCCAGAUCUGCUCAGCAUCACUGUUAUUUCCCCAUAGACUUCUGGCCCUCAGUCCCCAGGUGCAUUGAACAUCUCCCCGCACUCAAUGCAGAUGUCUGCAUCAGCUCUCCAGAGCAGCCAGCCCAUUGCCUCCAGUCUGGCACCAAGUGAAACCCAGCCCAGGACCCUCCUUACUGCCCACACCUCGGGUCAUUCAUGGUGGCUACAGCCAGUACCAACCCCAGCUAACAAGGACAUAAUGACCAGGUCUCAUUCCUGAAGUGGAGUCACUACUGCAUGAGUUGGACAUCUCCACCAGGAGAUGUUUCAGCUCAGUCUAAAAUGGAUCUUUGCAGAGAUGAGCUGUGUGUAGUGGCAGUUCUAUUUGCACCGAUCCUUCUAUGGGAAUGAGGGCAUUUCCCUUUCAGAGAGGCCCACAGUGAUUUAUAAAUAACACACAUUUGUGAAUCAGAAUUUACAGGUGCUGCCCAUGACCUGAUGAAGAGCAGCAAUAGAUGUGAAUCCCCCAAACUAUCACAGCCAGUUCUGCAACCUGGGCUUUCCAUAGAGAGCCCACAGCAGCACAGAGGAGGAUGUGUUAGGACACUAACACACUUCUCCAGGGAAACCGAUCUCUUUCUAAAUACCACACUGGCUUCCUUGGUUCCAAAAUUUGACCAAAGAAAGGCCUGCCACAUUCCAAAACCUGAUGUUUAUCACAUGCACUUCUGGCCCCAGGCUUUGAUUCCACUGGUGACUUAUGAAGAAUUAUUCUUCAUGAGCACCUCUCAACUGUGAAAGAUCAAAGAAAGCAUAAAGGAAAUAUGUCUGGCCUUUCUUGACAGAUGUCAGGAAGAUGUAUCACUUGGUAGCACACCUGAAGAAAUAGCACUCAUUUUCUCUGGUGAAUUAUUCAACAGCUGAGGCCAUCUGGUUCAUUCAAAAACUUUGAUUUCAUGAGCUUCAUUAGUGGCUGCCGUGCCCUUGAAAGGAUCCUCAGGGUUAUUCAGUAGGAAAUCACUCUUGAUUUCUUCCUGCUUGUUAUUAUAACACAAUGUGACAUUUAAUUGCAGUCAAUAGAGACCUGGUUUAGUGCCAGUUGAAGUUCAGAGCUGACCUACAUGCAGAGACAUAUUUAUAUUUGCCUCCCUCCCCUGGAUUUCAGGGGCAGCAUCUGCAGGGUAAGUCCAGCACUAGAAGGGAAUCACCUUUGAUAAUGAAUGGAUGUUUUCCCUUAAACAGAAGUCCCUGUUCACAGUUAGUUUGACCUGCCUGUUGCAAAGAGUUUCAGCUGGUUCAGAAAGUGACCUCUGCAGAGAGAGCUUGUGCAAUGUCCCUUAUCCCAAUGGGCAGGACCUUAUACAAGGGGAGAAGAGGACCCUGCUUUGCGCUGCCUAGAAAUGCCACUGCAAAUGUGAAUACCAAUGCAAUGUCCCUGCUCUUUUUGGUGGAUUACCACCAUACGUGUUUGUUUUUCAGCAGCUUCCUGAAAGAAAGUGCAAGAAAGUGCAGUGAUGUACACAGUACAAAACUUCUGCAAGUAAUUGAAAUUGCCUCAGCUAGUAUUGCCCCCCGCACCCCCGGUAUUUGAAAUUCCAUUUCUGAAUCAAACCCAAACAAUGUGAAUCCCACUCUUGCAUCCAUCUUCAGAUGUCAAGAGUGGAGCCACCACCCUGGGUGCCACCACCCCUCGCAGGGAGGUGGGGACGGCCACUUGCCUGGUGUCAGACCUCUAACGCAGCAGCAGCCACCAUGCCCCAGGAGUACCUGUGUCUCUCCACCAACACCAGCCAGGAACCGCCGCAACACAGGGGCUGGGACUUCACCAGACAACUCCAUGCUGAACUCUCAGACUGACCUACCAGGCAGGAGAGGCCCUGAAAUAGCUUCUAACUUCUUCUUUAUGAAGAGAAGGAAAAUUACUUCAAGAAAUAGGAGAAUUCAGCAUCUGAAUGUUAUUCCGUAAUGUUAUUCCACUCUUCUAAUAUUGGAGGAAUAAUGACAAAAAGCAAACAAAACUGACUUGCCCCCCUGGCCCGAGGUACUCCAAAGGGUCAAUAACCAGGCAGAGAAAGAGAGGAGCCUGCUGCAGAGAAGCAGUUUUGACAAAACAUGGUUUUGAAAACCCUUGGGAAUGGGCCUUACUUCUUUUUCGGGUAGGUACCUGGCUUGACAAAUGACCUCAUUUGGAGUCCAACUUCUCUCUUUGUCUCCUGCUCUUGGAAGGGAUUAUAUUUUACAUAGUAUAUUCUGAGGAGAUGAAGGAGCAAGAUUGUAUAAGGGUAUGGAAGCACAAUAUAAAAAAACUAGCCUAGUCAAGCAAAGUCACAGCUUUGUGGGGAUAUUAGCCUGGUACAAUCUAAGGUAGGAAGUUGUUACAGAUCAUCUAGGACAAGGCAUUUUUGUAUUUUUGUUUUAAUUGUUGGCUUUGCAAGAGUUUAAACUCCACCAAAAAAACCCAUUUAUUCCAUGAUUGACGACUUUUAACUGGUGAGUUAAGAGCAGAAGACCAACUGUGGGGCAAUUAUUCUGGAAAAACUGGAAAGAUUUGCAGCCCCCAGAACCUCAUCUGGGUAGCUGUCAGUGGUCUUGAGGCUCCAUAAAGUUCCUAUCACUGAAAUGGCUCCCUACAGGAUUUGUGUUUUUGCCUUCCUUUCCCAAAUCAGAGGAGAAGCAGGCUUAGUUAGCCUUGACAUCUUUUCAGACUAACCAGAAAAACCCAAGGCCUAAUGAGAAUGUCUUACUCUGAAUUGAGAAGCUUAAUGCAUCCGCAGUGUUUUAUUUCAGCAAGUCUCCCAGUGGCAUGACACGCAGCAGGUUAAAAGGAGAGUCAGAAAGGCUCAGUGCUUUAGCAUUUAACACAUUUUAAAUGUUCUAUCAUACAACAAGAUAACAAACAGCUCUGCGGUCAAACUUGAGGUCCAUGCUCUGUUGAAAAGUCACUACAGCUUGUUUCUAAAAGCUUUAAACGCUGCAAGGAGAUUCUGUAAACAUAACCCUGCCACAAGCAGCUUUCUCUUGAGUGCUGCAAGACAGCCGUGGUGUAGCUGUUGAUUUUUUUUUUUUUAUUUUUAUCUUUUUUUAUCAGCAAGCCUGACAGAAAAGACAUGUUUUACUGCAAGAUAUGAGAUUGAGUGUAUGCUAGUGAAGUCAACCUACAGUAGCAAGUCUUUAAGUAGUCUCCAGAGGAACAACCUCCCUGGCAACUAAUUUUUCUGGUGUAUAGGUUCAACUGUUUAAAGUCUUCCAAGUAAAACUCCCCUCCCUCCUCCGCUCUCCGCGUGUUCCCCCUCGUGCAGGCUGCUUGUCAUAUGGAGUCUUCCUAGCAAACAGGAGCAGGAUUUUGUCAUGACCAGCUGGUAGAAAGAAGGAAAGUACGUUGUGUUACUGGGCUGUCAGAGCUGCAAGGCUCACCGUUUAAAUCAGCCUUUAAAGACCGCAGUGUUAAACUGUAUAUUGAACAUCUGCCCAUUGCUAAAAAUUGGCUUUUUACAAGACAAUCUUGGACUUCUCUGGAUGUACAGUAAUUUAGAUAUUUGUUCCUUGUAAUGAGGGCAAAGACUGAGCAGCUCCAUCUUACUGGUGACAAUUAUAAACUCUGAGCAAGACAGAUGCCAAGACCAUCUGCUUCAAGAAAGACAGCCUUCUUACCAGCAAGUUGCAUGAGGAUAUGUGGGCUAUUCCCCCCCUCUUACAUAUGAAAAAAUUCCAAGAAAAAGAUGGCACAAGGCCAAAGGAACCAUCAAGUUUCCCAGGCAGAACUCCAAGAAUGGUGAUGGAGAUAGUUCACUUAUCUGUAAAACUUCCGCUGUAAAAGUAAUUGGUAUUAAUAAAAGUGGCAGCAAAUUGGCACAUCAUUUCUGAAAGUUACAGAUGCAUGAUCAAGGGGAACAAAACUAUGAUGCUGUGACAGCAGCCCUGUAGUCUAACUUGCGUAUAUUCCUUCCUGGCAGUGUGACAUGCUUCCCUCCAGGCCUCCCAAGAAGCUCUUUUUGGCUUGAAUCACUUUGUUGCAUUCUCCUCCGAAUGUUAGGGGAGAAUAAACUGGGGGAACUCAAAACACACGCUUCCCUUUUCUCCCAAUGCUGCCUUUUCCCUGGUUCUGUCUGCUCACACACCAAGUUCAGCCUAGGGGUCUCAGUCUAGACUUGUUCUGAACAACAUUUGUAACAGACCAAUUUCUGGUGAAACAGGAAAUUGGGAAGAUAAGAGAAGGACAUGAUUUGAGUUAAUUAGCCCAGCAAGAAAUCUUUUCCCAGGUGGCUGCUGAAAAGACAAGUCUAGACUCGCACCACAGACACAUGCUGUCUAUCUUUGUGCACAGCAAACUAGCUGACAACGUGAGCUUUGGAGUCUGCAACUCUCAAGCCGACAAGAGAGAAUUAUCCUCAUAAAAAUCCCCCCUGCGGGCUUCAGUGCAGAUGUGAGAAAUUCCACAAAAGAUUAACGUGCUGACCAACGGUGUGAGGGACAAAGGAUUUUAUCUGAAAGUUUCUAGAGGUAUUUUGAUUCUGGGCUUGUUGCAAACAUUUAAUCCCAGUUCAUCAACUCCAGCAGAAUUUGAGUCAAGAUUUCUUAUUUUUGUUCCGCAAAGGCAACACUCAAUAUAUUACCAUUAAAAGUUUAUAAACUUAUUUUUAUACUUACUAUACACAU